CCUGGAUGGCUGGAACACUCAAAGAGGACUCCACCAAAGGGAGGCAAGCCAAAGCCUGCCAUUACCACCGGCUUUCUGUAACUGGAACCUAGCUAGGGCCUGAGGGAGCCCAUUAUGAAAACACCCACUUCCAUACACUCCCAACUAACACACUAAGCAAUUUGGACUCUGCUGAGGAAGGCCCAUGAGGGUCUGAUUUUUUUCCCUGGGUGACAUUGAGAAGACAGUCACAUGAUUUGGGUGGCUUUCUAGAAGAUGACCAUAGAGGACCUCCCAGAUUUCCCAUUGGAAGGAAGCUCGCUGAUCGGAAGAUACCCGUUUUUAUUCACAGGCUCUGACACACCAGUUAUCUUUUCCAUUUCGGCAGCACCAAUGCCUUCGGACUGUGAGUUUUCUUUCUUUGAUCCCAAUGAUGCAUCGUGUCAGGAAAUUCUCUUUGAUCCCAAAACUUCAGUCUCAGAAUUAUUUGCUAUUUUAAGACAAUGGGUUCCUCAGGUCCAGCAAAACAUUGACAUUAUAGGGAACGAGAUUCUUAAGAGAGGCUGCAAUGUGAAUGAUAGAGAUGGCCUGACAGACAUGACUCUGUUACAUUAUACUUGCAAGUCUGGGGCUCAUGGCAUCGGUGAUGUUGAGACAGCUGUAAGAUUUGCAGCUCAACUUAUUGAUCUGGGAGCAGACGCGAGUUUGCGGAGUCGCUGGACAAACAUGAAUGCCUUGCAUUAUGCUGCAUAUUUCGAUGUCCCAGAGCUUAUAAGAGUGAUUUUGAAGACAUCAAAGCCAAAAGAUGUGGACGCCACUUGCAGUGACUUCAAUUUUGGGACAGCCCUGCAUAUUGCAGCAUAUAACUUGUGUGCAGGAGCUGUGAAAACCUUACUGGAGCAUGGAGCAAACCCCGCAUUCAGGAAUGACAAAGGACAGACCCCUGCGGAUGUUGUUCCAGACCCUGUGGGCAUGCCUCUGGAGAUGGCCGAUGCUGCAGCAACUGCUAAGGAAGUCAGGCAGAUGCUCUUGGAUGCGGCGCCUCUGUCCUGUACCAUCUCUAAGGCCACACUCUCAAACUGUGAUCAUGGUACCAGCAAGGCCAUGCUGACGUCUCUCGGCCUGAAGCUGGGGGACCGUGUUGUCAUCGCAGGACAGAAGGUUGGGACAUUAAGAUUUUGUGGAACUACUGAGUUUGCAAGUGGGCAGUGGGCUGGCAUUGAGCUGGAUGAGCCAGAAGGAAAAAACAAUGGGAGUGUUGGGAGAGUCCAGUAUUUCAAGUGCACCCCCAAACACGGUAUUUUUGCACCCCUUUCAAAGAUAAGUAAAGUAAAAGAUGGGAGGAAAAAUACCACACACACUCCUUCCACAAGAGCGGCGCCUCACAUCCGAUCUCAGAAGGUUGAUGUAGCUCACGUCACAUCCAAAGUGAAUUCUGGGUUGAUGCCAUCAAAAAAAGAGAAUGCUUCUGACUCCACACUCUCCUUGCCUCCCAGUGAAGAGCUGAAACCUGUAGCAGAAAGUGAUGUUACCCAGCCUGGGUCCAUCAGCAGCUCCUCCUCCACAUCCUCGCUGGACCACAAGCAGAGCCACCCGAAGAAGCUGGCUACAAGCAGCAAUGGCAAGAAGACUCUCAGCAAAAGCCCCUCUCUCCCAUCCAGAGCCAGUGCUGGUUUGAAUUCUUCAGCACCAUCUACAGCAAAUAACACCCGCCGUGAAGGGGAACUCCGCCUUGGGGAAAGAGUGCUGGUGGUGGGCCAGAGAGUGGGGACCAUUAAGUUCUUUGGGACAACAAACUUUGCUCCAGGGUAUUGGUAUGGCAUAGAGCUGGAGAAGCCCCACGGGAAGAAUGACGGUUCGGUUGGAGGUGUGCAGUAUUUUAGUUGUUCUCCGCGGUAUGGAAUAUUUGCCCCACCAUCCAGGGUACAGAGACUAUCAGACUCCCUGGAUACACUUUCAGAAAUAUCUUCAAAUAAGCAGAAUCAUUCUUAUCCUGGUUUUAGGAGAAGUUUCAGCACAACCUCUGCUUCUUCCCAAAAAGAGAUUAACAGGAGAAAUGCUUUUGCCAAGUCCAAGACCACCCUGCGCCGCAGCUGGAGCAGCAGCACCACGGCAGGCGGCCUUGAGGGGACCGCGAAGCUGCACGAGGGCUCCCAGGUCCUGCUCACCAGCUCUAACGAAAUGGCGACCGUCAGGUACGUGGGUCCCACGGACUUUGCCUCCGGCAUCUGGCUUGGACUGGAGCUCCGAAGUGCCAAGGGAAAAAAUGACGGUGCCGUGGGUGACAAGCGCUAUUUCACCUGCAAGCCAUACCAUGGAGUGCUGGUUAGACCAAGCAGAGUGACCUACCGAGGGAUCAGUGGGUCAAAGCUCGUUGAUGAGAGUUGCUGAGUUAAACGACUAAGGCAUUAAAUGAGCUCCUCUGAGUAUGCGUGUGUGCCAGAUGUAGAGUGGGGUCUAUGGCAGAGGGUUUAUUUUAUUUAGAUACUAGGUAAAAGCUGAAAGUACAGUAAUCUUAAUUAAAAAAAAAACUCCAAAAGGAACACACAUAUGAACUUUGAGGGUCAUAGUUCUUUUGAAAAUUUCAAAAUAAGCACUUUUAAAACCUAGGUCCUGAGUCAGGCAUUGGUGGCGCACGCCUUUAGUUCCAGCACUCGGGAGGUAGAGGCAGGCGGAUCUCUGUGAGUUCCAGGACAGCCUCCAAAACAAUACAGAGAAACCCUGUCUCAAAAACCAGCCAAGCAAACAAAGAAAGAAUGUGCUAUUAAGUUAUGUGUGAUGGUUACUUGCCAUUUGACUUAAUUUUUGCACAUGGUGUUCUGGUCUUCACAGAGGUGAAAGUUUUUACCAUCUUCAUAAUGCUCAUGUGAUCUGUUACCUGUCCAAGUGUUCUGGAAUGUUCCUUUCUGUCUGUGGUUGUUACUAAAAGUACCUAGAGAGCAGUGGCUGCCUAACUUGUGUUUUAUGUUUGGUAAACUCACAGGCCCCUGUGAGCAGUUAGAACUCGGGGGAAAGGUGGGCUUUGGCAGUGUCUGCCCCCCCCUUACACCCAUUGCCAACCACAGAGAUGGAAUUCCUUCCCAGAACAACUCACUAGUCGGUUAACAGAGUUGAGAGUGAGCGCGGGUCUCCUGACUCAACGCAUGCUUUGCACGCAGUAUGCCCUCAGGUUUCCCCUCUGUGCUGGACUGCCCCAUCCGUAUGCACCACCAGAGGCUUGCAGUUAAGUUUAUGAACUCAAGGCAGAGGUAUUUGCACACUUAUUUAAUGUUGUAUGUUCCUGGCACACUAACAGCACUUUGAAACAUGAUGCACUUUUCUUCUUUUUAUUUUUUUAUAUUUUUGGGACUUUGCCACCAUUUCCUCCUGGGAUAUGAACAACCUUUAAGAAGUAUUUCGCAGAAGAAAGUAAAUUGAAAUGUGUUAGGCAGGGUGUGUUACCUGUUUGGAUGUUCAUGGUGUCUGGGCUUGGGGUGGGCGGGGGUUUAGCUGUAGCUGCUACACAGCUACAGAACUGUGCUGAGGAACUCAUUGUCUUGGGCACUUGUUAAACUAAGCUUUACCAUAGUGAUGGAAUAAUGUCACACAUUCGUCUUGUGGAUAGGUAUUGAAAUUUCUGUCCUGUUAUGUGUAAAAAUUCAUUCUCUGUUGUAAAUAUUUAGACUUGAAAUUAUCACACAAAUUAUUGGAACAGUUUGCUUUCUGAAAUUAGAAGUAUAUCCUUCAGGAUGGAGCUUUCUUUAUGCUUAGAAAUAUACUCUGCUGAACUGUUUUGCAAUAUGCUGUCUUAAAAAUCUAAAUCUGGUCACUUGGUUGCCUUUUUGUUUUUUUAAGUGUGGUAUUUCAAAUAGAGUUAUUUUCCUGAAAUAUAUUUGCGAACUCAAGCUGCUUUAUAAUCAAGGAAUAUUUUUAUUGAUUGAAGAAAAUGACUGCUGCAAUUCAAAAGUGAACUUAUUUUAUUAUAUAGAUGAUUUCUUAAAAUCUAUUUAUACCAUAAUAUAAAAUCCACGACUAUAGUGAGCCUGGGGAUCUGUAAUUCUUCCUGUUAAAUACUAAACACUGUAUGUUAGAGACAGCAAUGCCAACACUGAACUUAUUUUUGAGGUCAAAAACCAGUUCUCUUCAUAUUUAAUUAAAUCCUCAUAGUGUAUAUGCUUAUGUAUGCUACAUGUGCAGGUUAGGUGGGGUUUUUGUGUGUGUGUUUUGCCUAUUAAAUUUCAUUCAGAUUCACUUCUUGAAUCCUAAUAAAAAGGGAAGAUGCUGGA